AUAUCCUUAUGCAUCGCGUAGAGCUGUCAGUGAUAUGCUCAUUGCUGUUUUGUGGUCAGAAUGGGAGGAACAGAUUUAGAAACGAAACAUUAUUCCGUUAACCCAUUCGUAGAGUUAGAAUAGCGGUGUUUUCAGUCAGCUGAAUUUUUCGGUUGGUAAGCGUUCAGCGAUGUCGAUUGUUCUGCUGGCGCCCUGAACACGUUUCCAUGGAACUUACGAGAACCACUGAUCUUGUACCUGACCCGUGCACCCUGUCAGUCACUUAUAAAAGACGCUGCGAAACAUACGAAAAUGCUUCCAUCGAUAACAAAUGGACAAUUCAGAAUUGGUUCAAGUCCCAUUCACAGUUUAAAUGGUGUUCAUGGAAUUAGAAUUUUAAACAACUCAAAGGCAAAGGACGAAGAAAGAAACUGUCCGAGUUUACCGCUCAUUUCCGAGGGUUCCUUUACCUCGCUCGUCAGCAGGAGAUCGGGGAAAACUUCUCCAAAUGGUAAAGGAUCAGAAAAAGGCAAUGACCAGGCAAGUGAAUUAGUUUUUACUAAAGAAAAAUCGCGCACAACACUUAUCUCUAAGUAAUCCAUUUCCUGCAUGCUUAGUUUGUUUAAGAGAUGAAUACGCUCUUUGUUGAUAUUUCAUGAAGGCAUGCCGUGUUUAUUUUGAAACUAAUUAUAAAUAUUUGGAAAGUGGAAUUUCUGUAUGGAUAAACUUAAGCUAACGAAAGGAGAUAUUAUGGAAUUGUCUCAAUCUAAUCUGUCAUUCCUAAUUUCAAGGUGAUGUAGGUAGGCUGAUUUCAAUAGAUCGAAUUAUUUUGAUUUGGCGUGACGCGAAUUUGUGAUUUGUUUGUGUUAAGGUAACAGAAUAUUUGAUCAUAAGUUUAAUUACUUUCGGAGAGGUGUCCAUACUGUCCGAUUUCAGACGCCGUGGAAAUAAAUUUCUUCAUGCCCAUGCUGUAGUUCAUGAAAUGAAGAAAUUCUAAACCGAGAGCGAAUCUUGUUAGGAAAAUUGCAGUCAUGUAGAAAAUUCAUGUUGAGAGCGUCUUGCUUGCAUUAGCAAAUCUGGAUACUUGGGCAGAAAAUAUGAUCUUUUCAACAGAUUGAGUCUAACAAAUGUAAAAAACAGUAUUAUAAGGCAGACAUUACCUUUGAAGCAGAAGUUGUAUCCGCUUAAAUAAGAGAUGGGGUUUUUAGGGUGUAAGGUUGUUGGGUGUGCUGGCAUUUAUACCGCGAAGUCACCAAAUGUGUGAGCCUACAGUGUAGUUUACUAACAGAAGCUGGUGUACUUGGCCAAGAGGACUAUCAUGGCAUCAUUAAUUGAGAAACCAAGCUGACAUAAGAGUAGAAAAGUUCACAUUUGUGGAAAAACACAACAAUCAACUCUUUGUUAACCCUCUCACUCCCAAAAUCUGAUUGUGAAUUCUCCCAUCUAGCUGCAUUACCUUGUAAAUUGGUUACAAGAAUUUGGUGAUCAAUCAGGGUAAUGAAUUCUACCUGAUAAGUUUGAGUAUUCUCAUUACCUGUUUGCUGGAUAAUGUGUAGAUUUUAUAGGGAGAAGUUAUGUGUUAAUCACCUCCAGGUCAGUUGAAGGGUCAACUAAUAUUACUGCCCUUAGUGCAGGAAAAAGUUUUCAUGAUGGUUACUUAAAAGGAAAUAAAGUUAGUGCAAAAAGCAAAAAACUUUUUUACAUUAUAUCUGGCAAUUAUUGCUAUUACUUUGUAUCUGCAUUAAUUUGCUUCACAUUUGGAAAAACAAUCACACAAUGAUGAAACUUUGCAAUUGAAUGUCCAUCGAGUCAGCUUGUUUAAAUGUCAGUAUGCCAGCAUUUUAAAAAUUAUGAAUAAAUCUUGCAUGAAAGAACACUGUUGGUGUUGGAGGAAUGAGCUUAACUCUAGGUACUCAUUUCAAAAUGGAGAUUUAGGUUGUUGUUGGAAUUUUAGGUGAGAUAGAUAUUAAGACAGUUAUGAUGAUAUCUGUUACUGCUUUGGUUAAGUUCAACAUAAUUAAUAAUUGAAUAUCUUUUCUUUCUGAAAAGGGACUCGGUUCUAAUGGAGGAAUUGAAAGGUCAGUCUGGAACAAGUAACCGUUAGGUAUCUUUGAAUAUCACUGGUCAUUACCUUUGGAAUGACAGCAUCAUUGAUAAUUUGGCUUAUAAUGUUGUAAGUCACCAAAAAGCAUUCACUUUGUUUCAAAGCAGGCAUAGUUUUGUGGGUAUACUGUGAAAUGUGUCAAUCCAUGCUGAAUAACAAUAACUUUCUUCAGAAUACAGCCUCUAUCCUGGAAACAAACUUUGUGAUUUUGCAAAUUCUUGGCUGUUCUCAAAUAAGUGUCCUUUGUCCACAUUAUAAUGCCACCUUACAAGUAUGACUUAAGCACAACUUUUGAAAGAAAGUUGCUUGAGCUUUUACUUGUUCUUAAGGUAUGGUACAAAGGUGUAACAAUUUUACUUUUAGUUUAUUUGAUAUUCUUUAAAUAGAUCCUUUUCUUUUUAAUAGUGGAUCGAGUGAGUUGAAAAUGAAACAGUUGCAGCUUGAUUGUGAAUUUAAAAAUGCUGAACGUGGUUGGUUCCCUCAAGGGCUUAAUCCUCGCCUUGCUGUAAGUUGCAACAAUCAUUACUGUAACAUUAUAGUUGCAAUAAGACUUAAAUGUUUUCAGUAUCAUCCCCAACUGAAGAAUUUUCUGGCUACUACCCAGACUUUUGUGGCUAAAUUUCAGUGGUGUGAGAUGUACUUUUUAGUUACUGUACACCGUUCCCCUUUCAACAAAAACAUUGUCUUGCACUUGGAGGAAAGUAUCUUGUGAAUAUUGCUUUCUUUUUUCAAUCAUUAUGUCACCCUGCCAACUGAAAAAGUACUCCUGUAAGUUUGUUCUUUCAAAUAUUUAUUUUAUAUCCUUUCUUUAAUUGACCAGACCUCAAGUCAAGUCUCACACCUACCAGCAAUGGGAUUUCACAUGUAAGUGAGAGGAGACAGAAAAUGCUAAAAGGUUAUUAGCUACAUAUAUACAGGCAAAUAAAUUGGUCUGAUUGUUAAUAACGGAAAUUGACUGCAAUAACCAAAGGGUAAAAAUUUAAGAAUUUGUUCAUGCUUAGCAUGCAUAUAUGGAGUUUAAUAAAAGAUGCACAUGGGAAGUUUGGAGAGCACGAAAAAUGCGUAAGAGUAGCUCGAGGUGCAGCUGAGAGCAACUCUAGCUUUUUGAGUGCCCUCCAAACUUCCCAAGUGCAUCAAUAACUCAAUAUAUGCACAGCUAAAAGCAUGAGAAAAUUCUUUUAUAACAGAGCAACAACAAGGAUCUGCAUAAAGAAGCCUUUAUUGUGAUAGCUAGAGUGCAAAAUUCUCACAACACACACAAAAAAAAGUAAACAAACGUCCCUAUUGGCUGGUCAAAAACACGCCACAUUUUAUACUUUGGUUUGAGUGAGAACAUUUAAUCCAGUUAACCGAUAACUGUGGAUGAAAAGCUCAAGUUUGAGGGGAAAAUGGAGAAAAUCAAACCCAAAUGUCAUAAAGUGUCACUAACAAAUGCUCUCGUCAUCUUAUUUAUGCACAGGCAGCGUAAAUAAAGAUUUUGUUCAUAGCGGCUCAAUAGGAUUUAUAUAGGGCAAGCACGUGUACUAUGUUAUAAUAGUCUAGUUUUCCCCAAAGCAGAUGUAAAUUAAUUGACUGGUAGCUUUUACAUUUUUGCAGUAAGUAAAUUUUAAAGAUGCUGACCAUUUUCUUUUUUAAUCUUAUACGCUUUCUUAAAUUUCAGGAUGAGCACCUCUGAAAGAUUAAUACAUCAUCAAUCAGUGGGUCAACCUGUGGAAAAUUUACAUAACAGGAGACAGUUGGUAAAUUAAUAUAAUUCAUAGAUAUCAUCAUUGCUCCAAAUAGAAUCACCAACUUAUUGUGGUUGGGUAGUUGCAUGCCUCAUUGAGUCCCCCCCUCCUCCCCUCCAGGGCUAUGUUGAAUAGAGUCUGGUACUCUUGGACCCUUGCUAAUUACAAACAGAGACUAGACAAGGAGCGAAAUCUGAGAUUGGAGAAUUAAUAUUCAUGUAUUGGGGAAAUGCAAGAUGAAAAGGUUAAACAUUGCUUGCUCAAUUGUGCAUUUUGAAUCACGAGUUUUGAUACUUUGAUAUACUGUAGACAACAGAUGACAACACCAACAAGAAAGGCUAUCCAAUGGCACCUGGUGGAUCAACUGUUAUUGGCACUAGGUCAGUUCUGGUUUUUCAUACUGGAUUCACUUUUCAGAAAGACCCUAAAAAAUUGUAGCGAAGACAAAAGGAUCUUCUAAAAUACCUCCAUCUCUUGCAGUAAACCUUUCUUAUCUAUCAGAGAUUUUCAACAAUAGUUUAGUUCUGGUAAAGAUAUUUUCAUACUUUUUGCAGACUGCAAUAGUGGUGAAUUCCUUUAGGAUCUUGAAAGAAAUGGUAAAUCUCUCAUGAUCCUCAUUAAUGUACCCAAACUCUCGAAGUUUUCAUCUCCAGCCAAAACUAGGUUGUUAAAACUGUCAUCUUCAUCAUUAACUUUGUACAUGUCUUAUUUUUUAGUUAAGAACAGCACCAAAAGUUACUCAAAACUUACCAAAAUAUUGAAUGAAUUAUGAUUUAUAUAAAUGUUGCUCUGCUAUCUGGGUGAGAAGUUUCUAAAAUUGUAUAUCAUUCAGUCCCUGAGCUGUUUUUAUGCUCAGUAAUCUGCAUUGAUUUAUUUUUAUUGAUUUUACCUCUGUUUUCAGGUAUAGGAUGCCAUCAGUAGGAAAUGCUGUUUCUCCAACUAAAGAUGUAUCUGUGGCCUUAUCAUCAAAUCUGUCUGAACUUGCAUCCCCCCGUAAAAUACACAAAAGAGGUGUUAGUAAACCUAAAGAAUUAGAAAUACACUCACGAUCAUGCUCUUGUCGACGUCACACACAAGAGAGAGAUCAAAAGGCGACCCUUAAAUCAAGAUCUUUAGAUAGUUUGAGAAAAGAGGUAAGUUUUACAUGUAUGCUUAGACAUAAACAUUCUUGACUUUUAAUUCUGCUCUUCGGUUAUUAAUUUUUAUAAUUUUUUUAAGAAAUAUCUUUUUACAGUUAUUUAUAACUGAGUAAAGCUUUUAUCGCAGUGUUAACAGAUUGAUUUUGACAAGUGUUCCUGUUUUUGCUCAGCGAUUGAACAAAGUUGAAAGAAAGGAAGGUCUUAACAAUAAAAAAACAGUAAAACCAACCGACAGGCCUCCUCCAAAGAAGCAGCAAAUGCCCAAUGGUAUGAAAGUCAUGAGUAUACUUAUUUUGUAACAUCAUAUGCUGUACAGUAUGUGAAGGUAGAGUCUGAGACUACAAGCCAUGUGGCCUGUCUUGCGAGAUCAGUCCCUUGAACAUGAAGUGCACAGGAAUAUUGUUUUAUAGUUGAAUGUCCCAAUUAUUUGCUACCAGGCAAAUUCAAGAAGACCUUAAUGUGAAUAACUUGUUCACUGAUUGCAUCAUGAACUUUGUGAAAGGAAGUGUGACUGAAAUAUGAAAGUAUUGGACUCAAAAUUGGCUUAUUCCAGGUUAAAAAAACUGCUUCAAACAGUAUGUGGUCCUUGUAAUCUUUGGUUCCACCACUUGCCUGAGUUUCCUUCCACCAGUUGGAGAACUUGUUAAACAUUUUUCUUUAAAUGUGAAUUAUUUGUUUAAGGAUUCUUGAGUAAAGAGCUUGAAUACCAACUGGAGUAGCUUAGUGCAUUUCCGCAAUGAAAUAUGACGAUAACGUAAUCUAUAGUCCAUAGCAGGCUAUCCUGUCAGCAGUUGUUCAGGUUUUCCUAACAUGUCGUUUUUACCCAUUUGUAAUCCAGGGCCCAGUUGUUCAAAGCCAAUAAGUGCUACCCUUAGGUCAAAUUUCAAUGCAGGUUUCUUUAUUUCCUUUAAAAGCUUGUUCAGGGUGUUUUCUCUAUUCUCCUUGGAGCAUCCAAUCACAACAUUGUAGACAAAAAAAUUAUGCUGGAUUUUCUUUUAAAGCUUUUAGAUCUAAAAUCAAAUUUGCACUAAUCUUGGGUUAUCUUAACCCAUCUUUGAACAACCUGGUCCAGGGUGGAGAGAGGUAUUUUGUGUCAAGAACAUGUUGGUGUAUGGGAUAUGUUUUGUUGUUAAAUAUUUAGACUUUCAUUCAAUAAAACGAGCACUUUGAUUGGUUGAUUCGUUGUCAUGUGCCUCUGAUCAAAUUAAAAUGUAUCCCGACCGGGAUAUAAUUGCACUGUUGUUGCUGCAUGCAGAAUACAACAGCACAUGAUUGUUUAAGGGAAGGUCUAAAUAUAUAACAAAGCACUUAAUGUAUGGUCACAAGGGAAACUGGUUAGUUUUGUUUUCUUUCGAGUCCUGAUGUUUCCUGAGAUGAAGUUGAGGGAAACAUCAGGACUCCAGGGAAAACAAAAGUAACUGUUUCCCUCAGGACCAUAUAUUAGGUGUAUAUUUUUUGCCUCACUUGGUACUUGUUUUAUCUUCAGUAUUAGAUGUUCCACAGUCAAGGAGAAAGGUGAUGUAUUUUCUUCUUGUCUUCUUUUAAAUUGCUAAAACAUGUUUUAAUUCAUUGAGCAAAAAAGUUUCAGGUAGUUUAGAGGCUACAACAACAGCAGUAAGAAGUGAUACCUGAUUUAACCAUUUAAUUUCUUUAAACAAUGAUUGUAUCUCAAUGCAGUUUAGCUUGACAUCAAGGGCUCUUGUUUCCCUAAACCUGUCACUCCCUAAUCUCAUUAUUGUAGUAAUUCUCCUUACUGUCUGCCAUACAAUUCUUGUGAUGUUAGUUCUGAGAAUUUGAUAUUGGAUCCCCUCACUAGAUAUUGUAGCAGUGUUGUAUGGAGAAUUUCUGUCUUGGUCUUGGUCACUCAUGGAAGUUUAAGGCUUAACAAUUAUUUCUUUUCUUGUUUGUUUUAUUAGUAAUGAAACAUUCAAUUUUUUUUUGCUCUUUAUAGAGUAAAAGGGCAAAUGUACUUGCAUCAGACAGCUUCUUUAAUCUCCCUGACUACCAAAAACGAGUUAAGAAGUCUACAUCCAAACUGACUGGUCAGACAAACCUUAAAUCCCUAAUGAAAGUGAAGGAAGUCAACAGGACAGAACCAGUACCCAGAAUUGACAUUGCAACCGAAGAACACUUAGAGGAGUCGAUGAUUUAUGUCGAAAAUUUUGAUGAAGACCAUGGUAAUAAAAGUGAAAAAGAAGAUGUUGUUGAGCAGAUGGAUUUAGAAUAUUCAAAAGACGAGAGGUUUGUUACAAACCAAGGUCAAGGUUAAUAAUGGCAUUGUUUAUCAAGAAACUUGUUAUUUCUGAAUAGGAUGUGGGCUUUAAGGCCGUAAGAAUGAGUUUAUACCAGUGAUAUAAGAAAGACAGAAAACUUUAUAGCAGAAUUAAAGGGGGGGAUGUGAAUCAUUUUUCUUCUUGUUCUUGUGUGUGUUUGAUAUCCAGGAAAGUUUUCCAGUUCUUUUUAUUUUUUUUAUGAAUCGAGCUCAUCUUCAACUGGUUUAAGUUGUUCCCUUUUUGUGUUAUAGGGAGCUCAAAGAACAGUCCGGUAGAUUAGACGUCACAUCUGCGGCCUCCUUAACUGUGUGUGAGCCACAACGAUCAGUCACACCCAGGCUUUUAAAGGUUGGGAUAUGAUGGUGAUAGAACAGUUUUUAUUGCGUUUUUUUGAACCAAAAUUAAAGCUUUUAAAAUGGCUAAUCGGAGCUAAGGAAAAAAUCACCAGUCUGGGAGUCUGUGAGAAAUCAAACUGAGCACUGGUACGUAUUACCUUAACGUUAACACCUGAGAAAACGAGAUACCAAGUCGUGUUUGGAUUUAGUUGUACAUCGAUUGGCAGAGAAGGUGGUGUGAAUGUUUUUAACCAAUACUGAGUGGUGUUAGAAAACUAAUGUACCGAUUAACCGGUUUGCUUGCGUUUGGCUUUACUUCAUUCUGUAGUUGGUCACAAUUUUCCGCUUCUUUCUCGACCAAUCAGAUGUCAGACCUUGUGAUAUUUUCCUUUGUUUUGAUUGGCCGUUGUGAACACAUUCAUUUGGCUCUUGUUUGACCGAAAAACACUUCUGAGUAUGAUCCAUGUUUCUGACACCCUAUGAAGCGCUCAUACAAAAAAUUGUUUUUCAUCAAUAUUGAGAACAUUUCCUUUUAAAUUUAAAUGCACAAUUCGACUAGGGUGUAAGAACAAUUCAGUUUUGCUUUCAGAGAAGUCACGCCCUCCAUCUCGCGUGGCCCAUCUUACGUGUGUUACAGGGUUAGUUGCGUUGCCGAGCGGCUGGUACGCAUCACUUAAACCAGUUGAGCGUGAACGGUAUUAGGUCUUGUUAUUUUUAAAGUUGUUUGCUUAUUUUUAUUUAACCCGUCCUACUAAAUGCCGCAGGUUUCGUCAGAUCAACAAAAGGAUCUUUCCACCUUAUCUGCAAUUUUCAAAAAGUUGGACACUGAUUGUGAUGGGUUAGUGAUUUUUAAAUGCGUUCAUGGUAUGACGUAAGGGGUGAAAGGACUGCUGUGAUCCUUUCUGCUCUAUGUAUCGGUUUCAUGUAGUUUUGAUCUUUCUGGGGGGGUGGAGGGUGCAGUGGCGAUGAGUACAAUUGACAGUUAGAUACGUCUAGUGACGAUCAAACGCGACGUUCAGUGAAGGUGAAGUGCACUUAGAGGGGGAUGUUUUGUGAUGGAUGGGGCUGAAUUAUGACUGACAUGCAAGACAGUUGGGAUGUCAGAUGUAGUGACGUAUUAUAGACUAGUGAUGGCUGGCGUGGCAUGAGUACGUCAAAGGUUGAAAGGGAAAUAUCUCUUUUUAUUAUUUUUUUUCGUUUUAAUAUCUACAGUUAAUGGCUUAUCAAUCAGGUUGGCUCUUUUUACCUGACUUUUUUAACGGAUUUUUGUUAUUAGACACUUAUCUUUUGCUGAACUGAAGAAAAGCCUUCCACCGCAUGUAACAAGAAAACAAGUCAGCUACCUGAAAAAGGUAAACAUCGGCUAUGUAUUUGGUAAAUAGCCUUACCCCCCCGAGAGAUUAUCGGUGGAAAUGUUUUUAUCUCUGGUUUCUGUUGUCGUUAUUGUUGCUUGAAAUCCUGUCUAUAUUCCAGAUUUAUGACAUAGCUUGUGAGAGUACUUACUUUGGUUUGGAGGAGUUCACAGCCACUCAUCAGAUGUGCGAUCUUUUAGCCAAAUCAAGGUGAAGUCAACUUUACUCUUACUGAUGAAAAGGUUUCGAUACGAGUGCACUCACAUUGGCAAGCUAUUCUUGACAACUUCUCGCGGCUUCAACAAUUUACCUUGAUACCGUGUGUCAAAUUGCUUUCCUUUUUUUGUCCCUCAGUUCUGCUGUCUCAAAUGCACUCAACAGCCUGGAUUAUUCCUCAGUGGACUUCUGGCUUAGCACUUUCAUGGUAAAGAAUGAAACUGUCUGAAUUAUUGAAAAGCUUAACGUUUUAUCUCGCAUGAUGGUAGCUCAUAUUCCUCGCUCGCUUGUUUCUAAGAGUAAAUGAGUGAACGUUACUGGAUAUCAAUACAUGUACAUUUUAUGCAUCAAUAAAAGACCUGUGUAAUUUAUAGGACGACUUUAUCAGCUUGUUAAUAGAUUAACUUAAAUCCUCCGACCGUGAUUCCAAGAGCGAUUCCUGCCAUUCGUGAGGAAGGAAACUACAUAAGCCAUGCAAGGUGUUGAAGAUUUUUGAAAAUGGCCGGCAUUCAGCCUACCUUAUGUUCAGUUUCUAUGCUAGAGAGACACGUUCUUUGACUUAUUUUAGCUCCUUUGCAGCCGUUUAGUCCCGCCACAAAACACGCUCUCUCCGUCACGUGACAAGGGCUUUUUUUUCAGUACUCGAUGAAAACAGAUUGAAGUUGUGAAAAGCACGAACCGUGUCACUAAACAUAAACCAGACAUAAGAUAUUUCCCUUUUUUCCAGGAAUCUUUCUGCAAAGUUGACAAAAAGCAGAGUGGAACCAUAGAUAUGCAGUCUUUUGAGGUAAUUAUCUUGUGACCUACAAAAAACCGAGACUAAAUUUGCGAAAGUUGUUCUUGUUCAUCUUACGCCACGUAAUGUUUUUUUUAUAGAACAUGCUGGCCUCUCUUAUCAACGUUCAUCCGGACUCCUUUAUUCUGCAGAGGAUUCUUAGUACUGUAAAUAAGGUAAGCUCUGUUCUUUUUGUUAUUCUGCCAAAGUAUCAGCAACCUGAGUGUUUUAUUAAGUCAGAUACACAGAAAGCUUUGUUGUUCAUGGCUAAUCGUCGUACAUGUAUUUACAGCCUGAAUCGGUUCAUUUUUGUGAUUCGAAGCCUUGUAACCACCUACUCUAUUUCGCUCUCGAGUGAGUUUCAGUGGAAUCGUAUUUGAUAAAUUUAUUCAAAUCUACCACCUUAUCGGGCAAUAGAAAGUGAAGAAAUACUAUCAACAGGAAUAGUAAGCAUUAUUUAACAACAACAACAACAAAAACUACGGGGAAUAAACGCCGAAAAGGGAAGACGCGAACGGAACACUAGAACCCAUGCGAGGCGCCCACCCUUGUUCCAGGCAGCUAUUUUGUGGGGACAAGCAAUAAAUGAGGGCGAGCCAGAAAAACGUUCAUGCCAACCUUUGUUCUGAUUGCUCGCUGGAAUUAGUUUGGUUUUGAUUUUUCGGCUAUCAGUUGAAACUGUCCUGUAUCAAGUAGGCUACUCACAUGAUUUUUCUGUUCUUCGUCUCUAUGUUCAGACCAAACAUGAUACCAUUAGUGGCGUGGAAUUACUGACAUACAUUCCGUACUUUAUGACUGCCGCACCAAAAGACACCUAGUUCAACGCGGAUGAAUGCAAAUGCAGUUAUACUACUGAAAGGGAGACUAUGUCACAGUGCAUCGAUUCAUUUAUGGUAUCGUGCGCUUUUCACUAUUUAUCGUUGUGAUUGGCAUAUGAAUGUCAUCUGCUGGGAUGUGCAAAUUUCUCGUCAAAUCUGUAUGGUAUGUGGGCGUGGCUCAAAAGACUAUCAGCUGUCAUACAGGUCAUCAACUUGGAAAACCCAACCUUGAUGAGGGACAAAGAAUCAAGAUGGUAUAAUAACCCUUUUACGCGGUGAAAAUAGAGAUUUGAAAUGGAUUCAGACUUCUCAGAAACGAUCGUGAUGAGUCGUAGUUCCAGGGUUACCCACAUAAUAGUUUUUUUUUUUUUCAUGUAUAAGAUUAUAGUGCUACAAUGGAAAUUAAAGGAUAUCACGCACAAUUAUUUUAUUACUGUACAG